GUCGAGCUGCCGGGUAGCGCCCGCAAAGACACUUGGAUCAUGACACCAACAGAGAAGGCCACCUUGAUACCCCAGCUCCGCCAGGAGGGUAACUCACUUUAUUUAGCUGGCCAGUGGGCAGAAUCUGCCACCAAGUACAGCCAAGCGCUUGGGCUGUUGGAGCAACUUGAGCUGCGUGAGAAACCAGGUGAUGCUGAAUGGCUUGAUUUGGAGCGCCAGCGGCUACCUUUCUUUAUAAAUCUUGCUCAAUGUCAAUACAAAAUGAAGAUUGCUUUAAAUUAUUAG